AUGUUAAGCAAUGCCGCGACUGCCCAUUGUCUCCAUGGUGGUGCGUCAGCAAAUGCGUCAACAAUCAAUCAGCGAACUCAAAGCAGAAGUUUAGCUUCGUCUCUCUUCUUUCUGUCUGUAUACUCCUACGUCAAACCAACCACCAGCGUUUACUCUGCCCCUGUGCUCGAACACGAAAGGAGGACAGGACACAGAAAUGGAGGGCGGCAAUUGGCGCCUUUUCAGAGAAGAAUCUGUUGUAAUCAGCAAGGGUGGUUUGAAUUCAGCACAGCUAGUGGGGGCAGAAAAGUGGAUGGCGUCUCUGUUGGCGACUUCACCAUUCUGAGCCACCUUCAGACCCUGGGAUGUGGAGAUUUGAAGCGGAAGCCUCGGGAGGUGCACUUCAGCGGCUGCAUCAACGAAUCAUAUGCCUUUCGAUGCACAGGGGGAGACUACUUCGUGAAGAUCAACAGGCAGUUCGAUGCUGCCAGCAUGUUUGCUGGGGAAGCAGAAGCGCUCAACGCCAUGUUGGAAACAGAAAGCAUCCGUGUUCCCAAGCCCUUGGGGGUAGGCAACCUCCCCGACGGUGGAGGAUCUUACAUCAUUCUUGAGUACCUCAACUUCCAACCGUUUGGAAUGAUGCAACCGUCCAGUCAGGAGCAACUUGGACGGGCCCUGGCUCUCAUGCACUCAGCCGAGCCCGAGUUUCGAGGAUUCGGGCUUGCGCAAAUCACGAGGCUCGGAGUCCUGCCCCUAAGUAACGAACCGUCAGACAGCUGGUCAAAGUUCUUCUUAGAGAACAGGCUGCGAGAUCGGCUAGAGCGUGCCAUUGCGAAGCUCGGAUCGGACGGCCAGGAGCUGGCCACGUGUCGAGAGGAGUUGCUCUCACGUGCCACGAAGAUGCUCGACGCAGCGGACGUCCGCCCGAGCGUUCUUCACGGCGACCUGUGGGUCGGAAACUCUGGGCUCGUGCGGGGGGGAGGGGUCGCCGUCUUCGAUCCCGCGGGCUACGUCGGCCACUCGGAAUUUGACCUCGCCUUUCGCGGCUGGGAGCCAGUCAACGACUUCCCCGGAUUUUCGGACGCGUUCUACGAUGCCUACCAUGCGGUCCUGCCCCAAGCACCCGGCUUCGAAGAGCGGCACCGCCUCUACCAGCUUUUCCACUUGCUCAACCACUUGCUCAUAUAUGGCGUCGAAUACUACCCGCACGUGAUGGCACAAGUGCGCAAACUGGCGUAAAGGAGUUCUCUAAAGUAAGACUUGACCGCCACUGCCUCUUGAGCCGAGGCAGGUUGCCAGCAUGAAGGCGGCAUCAGAGCAUACUGACUUGAAGCCCCCGUUCC